AUAUUAAUCCACCUAUAAUUCUGUCUGUUGCAUCUCUUUAAUAAUUAUUUUCAUUUUCUUUCAUAAUUUCUUCUUUGGUUCUUGAAAAAUCACUACAAUUUGAUCAUGGCAUUUGAAGAUCAGUAUCAACAAUCCAUAGUUUCAAAAUAUGACACUCUUAUCUUUGAUGUUGAUGAUACCCUUUAUCCUUUAAGUACUGGUUUCUCCAAACAAUGUACAAUCAAUAUUCAAGAAUAUAUGAUUCAGAAGCUUGGAAUACAAGAAAAUAAAGUUUCUGCAUUAAAUCAAGAGUUGUACAAGAAUUAUGGAACUUCAAUGGCAGGUCUCAAGGCUAUUGGCUAUGAUUUUGACAAUGAUGACUAUCACAGCUAUGUUCAUGGGAGAUUGCCUUAUGAUAAUCUAAAGACUGACCAUGUUCUAAGGAGUCUUCUGCUUAGCUUACCGAUCCGUAAAGUUAUUUUCUCAAAUGCUGAUGAAAUCCACGUGGCAAAGAUCCUAAGAAGGCUUGGAUUAGAAGACUGUUUUGAGAGAAUUAUAAGCUUUGAAUCUAUUAAUCCUAAUCAUAAAACCACUAAUUGCAAUGUUAAAUUUGCAAGUGAGAAUUUAAAUCUUGAUAAUUUGGUGCUUCCCAAGUCUCCAAUAAUUUGUAAACCAUUUGAAGAUGCUUUUGAGAUGGCUUUCAAAUUAGCUAACAUCAAUCCUCAAACAACAGUGUUUUUUGAUGAUAGUAUCCGAAAUAUACAGGGAGGAAAACGAAUGGGACUCAAGACAGUGUUGGUGGGCGGUUCGAACCGAAUUGGUGGAGCAGAUUAUGCUCUAGAAAGCAUUCACAAUAUCAAAGAAGCAUUGCCAGAACUUUGGGAAGCAAAUGAAAACAAUUCAGAAACAAUAAAGUACAAAGAAAAUGUGGCUAUAGAGACUUAUGCCUAAUUUAAGAUUGUCUAUGUAAUUAAAUGUUUUAAGGGGAAUUUUUUUUUAUCCCUAUGUGUGGUCAUUAAUAAUAGCAUUCUCAAUAAUUUUUUUUUA